CAACAGAACCCGACACUUUCUAUUCGAUCAUUCAUGUCUACUGUGGAUCAAAAUAGAGGGGAAAGUGAGUCGGAGAGAAGAGAGCAAGAAAUGCCUCCAUUACAUUUAAGUGAGUUACAACCAACACGUAACGAGUCUGAUCGUUCUCUGUCGGUCACAAGCGACGUGAAGUCAUCACAUGAAACUGAAGACGUAGAGAUAAUUAUGCCGCUUAAUGGCAGCAAACGUGAUGAAGAUGCUAAUCUAGAAGACAAUAAUACAAAUGAGCAUGAAAUUGAAAGUGUAGAAGCUGGAGGCCAAGAUAUACACGUUGACAAGUCGGGAAGAGAAGAAUCAAGAUCGAUUUCGAUUUCCAGCGUGAGCAGUCUUUCACUACUGGAGCCUGCGGUUGACGAACCAAGUGGAGAAAGCGAGGAGACACAAUCAGCUGUCAUAAACCCUCAAGAUGACACUCAUAGUAACCAGUCAAAUCAGAGCUCUCAACAUGACCUUCCCAAUGAGCAGGCACACAAUUCGGUGUCUCAAUCAUUGAUUUGUGACGAGUUAAACGAUGCAUCGUCAGAUGCUUUGCAAUUGGCUCAUUUUCCUGUUAUUGACGUGUCGCAUUUGCAGCGACUAUUUGGGGCAAUUGAACAUGACGUGGCUGUCGGUUUGGAGGUGGAUGAUUUGUACCGUAACAAAGACUGCUCUGAAGGGAUGAAAAAGAGAAUCAGAGAGACUCUUGAUACCAGAGGUGAUCUGGAACGGUUCAGUGCAAGUAGUUUGACAGCAGUCGUACUUGAAAUCAUGCAGAGCUUAAGUGCCGGCGAUGCUGGACCUCUAAUGCCCGCCGUUCUUCUUAAAAAGCACACACCCAUGUGCAAAACCGAGUCUCAAUUUAGGGCUGCUCUUGCUCCACACUGGGUGCCAUGCUGGGAGUUGCUCAAGUCACACUUAGAGGUUCUUAUUGAAAAGCGGGCUUUGAAGCCUGAAACAGCAGCAACUAUGUUUUCAUCCGUGUGUGUGUCACAUGCCACCACAAACAGAGAGAAACAAGAGAAAGCUGUGCAGAUUCUGUCUACAAUCCUAGAGAAUGCAUGUCAAGGUGGUGAAAUCACCACCAAUGUGGUUCCAAACACGAACCCUUCUUCUCACCGUGACAUCUCACAUCCAGUCGAUCUCAAGUCUUCUUGUAGUGACGAGUCUUUGUCUUUGGUUGGAGAUCUGGGAGAGACCGACAAUCAAUCUGAACAAGCCCAACGUUCUGUGCGUCUGAGUGAAACAGAUGCUUACAAACUGCUCCUUGCAGGCUCGAAAUCAGACCAUCUAGACGAUGACGCCGCAUUCUCAGUUAGUGAAGACAGCGAAGUAGCAGCCCUGGAGAAUGACCUUGCAAGUGCACCAACAUUAGAAGAAGGAGAAAGUUGUGGUUUAGUGCAUUCUCUCACUCUAUCUAACAUUGAGGCAGUCAAUGCAUCAAAUGGAGACGAUUUUGAAAUACAGUCGGAUAGCAAGUCGAGCGUGUCACAACUAAUGUCAACACCUCAUGCUUCGCCUGCAUUGAGACCAAGGUCUCAGAGCGACAGACCCAUUUCUCGAACUAGCAUUAGCUAUCUCCAGGACUCAGACCCCGAGUCUGAUUUGGCCGAAGAAUUAUGGCCCGGUAGGACACAAACAGACGGCAACACAAAAGGCAAUAACUCCGACCAGGACGACUUCGAUUUCUAUGACUAGAGUCUAUAUGUAUGUAUAAGAUAUCCAUGUACAUUAUUCUGCG